AUGUCUAUGACAAGUUUGUCGAUGAAAAGUAGAAAACGUGAAGAUGUGGUUAUGGAAGGAUGGCUCCACAAAAAGGGAGAACACAUUAAAAACUGGAGACCAAGAUAUUUUAUGCUUUUUCAUGAUGGAGCUCUGCUAGGAUUCAAAGUUAAGCCCAAAACUGAUCAACCUUUCCCCGAACCUUUGAAUGACUUCAUGAUUCGAGACUCAUCGGUCAUCUUCUAUGAUAAACCCAGACCCAACAUAUUCAUGAUUCGCUGUCUGCAAUGGACAACUCUGAUUGAAAGAACUUUCCAUGCUGAUACUCCUGAAAUCCGUCAAGCUUGGUCUGAUGCCAUUAAUAAAAUCGCUGAUCGUUACCGAGAGCGUAUGGCUGAUGAUCCAUCUGCUCAGCAUGAUGAUAUGAUGGAAAUCGUCAGUCAGGUCUCCGUAGACGAUCUCGGAGGACAGUAUGCUGCUGUAGCUCAGACGAUUAUGGGACAUCCAGGAGGACAAAGUUGUGCUACUCAAGAUAAUCAGCGAUUGAUGAGUAUUGCUGAUUCAAGCGAAGCUGCAGUUCGAGAUAAAAUCAGUAUGGAUGACUUUGAGUUCCUCAAAGUUCUUGGCAAGGGAACGUUCGGAAAAGUAAUCUUGUGUCGUGAACGUAAAUCCAGCAAGUUGUACGCCAUUAAAAUAUUGAAGAAGGACGUAAUUAUCGAGAGGGAAGAAGUUGCCCACACACUAACCGAAAAUAGAGUUUUACAGAGAUGUAAACAUCCUUUCCUCACGCUUCUGAUCUACAGUUUUCAAACACCUUUUCAUUUUUGCUUUGUUAUGGAGUUUGCGAAUGGAGGGGAAUUAUUUACUCACUUACAAAAAAACAAGACGUUUUCUGAAUCUCGCACGAGAUUCUACGGAGGAGAAAUAGUACUUGCACUUGGAUAUCUACAUUCCCUUGCUAUUGUCUAUCGUGAUAUGAAGGAACUCACAUACUCGUUCCAAACAAAUGAUCGUCUCUGCUUUGUUAUGGAGUUUGCGAUUGGUGGAGACUUGUAUUAUCAUUUGAAUCGAGAAGUUCAAACGUCCAAAGAAGGAUUUUCGGAAUCACGUUCACGAUUCUAUGGGGCUGAGAUUGUUCUUGCUCUCGGAUAUCUCCAUAAUUGUUCAAUCGUUUACAGAGAUUUAAAGCUUGAAAAUCUUUUGCUUGACAAAGACGGUCAUAUAAAGAUUGCGGAUUUCGGACUAUGUAAGGAAGAGAUCAAGUUCGGUGAUAGAACUAAUACUUUCUGUGGUACACCAGAGUACUUGGCUCCUGAGGUUCUAGAAGAUAAUGAUUACGGAAGAGCUGUAGAUUGGUGGGGAGUAGGAGUCGUCAUGUACGAGAUGAUGUGCGGACGUCUUCCUUUCUAUUCCAAGGAUCACCAGAAGCUUUUCCAACUUAUUAUGGCUGGAGAGCUGAGAUUCCCUUCAAAGCUCAGUCCUGAAGCUAAAAAUCUUCUCUCGGGACUUCUUGUCAAGGAACCUGCUAACAGACUUGGUGGUGGAACUGACGAUGCUCUUGAAAUUUGCCAACAUCCCUUCUUCAAUGGUCUGGAUUGGGGAAGAUUGUAUAGGAAGGAAAUUGAACCUCCUUAUAAGCCGAUGGUUCAAAGCGAAACAGAUACCAGCUAUUUCGAUGCUGAGUUUACUUCAGCCCCAGUUCAGUUGACUCCUCCGCCAGCUAGGCCGGGUCAACUUCAAACUGUUGACGAGUUGGAAGAAAUGCAGAGUAACUUUACACAAUUUUCUUUCCAUAAUAAGCAAGUAUUGGACAAUCUUCGGAGAGACAGUAAUGACAUGGAGGAUGACUAA